AUGAACUCCGUCGGUAAACAAAGUUUUUUACUAAGCAUAUUAAAUUUUCACAUUUCAAAAAUCAGUUUCAGGUGCAUCAUUUCUAAUUCUAGUUGCCAUAAUAAUACAAUCUUCCUGCGAAGAAUGUCACAUAAGUUAUGUAAACUCGUUCUCCGAAGAAGUGAGGAGCCUUGAAUGCGGCAAAAAGGACUGCACUUUUGAAGUUUGAAUUUAGAAAAAAAAGUACAGGCUGAAAUAUAGAAUUUUCAGAUCGUCGCAACUUCUGACCGUCCAGUCAGACUAGGUGCUUAUGUUCCCGCUAGUUUUGAUGGGUACUUGUCCGUUUGGGAAACAAUUUCUCAGAACGGAAAGAAGGAGUUGGUAUCUCGAGGGUAACAUUUGGAAACAAACUGAUAAUCUAAUGUUAUUACAUUAAAGAAUUGUGAAAAAUAUGGAGCAUUAUGUGUUUUUCAUAUCUCAAAUCAAUGCCGGAUUGAUUUUCCAGUUCCACUCAGAAUCAACAGAAUGCAUUCAUGAGAAUUUGCCGAAUUAUGCAGUUUCUCACGAAAGUUCAUCAGGUAAAGUUGUCGUGAGAGUUCACUUUAAUAACAUAGUUUAGAACAAUUUUCCUGUGAACCCAUUGUGAAUGUCAUCGGCAACGAAGUGAAGACCAUUCAGCAUUCUAAGUCAGUUCCGGUUGCUGAAGGUAUUUUCUAAAGGUGCACUGUCUUCUUACCAAAAAACCAUUUUGAAGCAUGUACCUACCGUCUGAUACCAGAAUUUCUAUCAACCACAACGGAAAAAUUGUAUUUACUAAUCACUGGAGACAGUACUUCAAUGGAUCAUCUUCUGCUACCAGGAGAAAAACCUGUGCGACUUCCAACGUAUGUUAGACGUGUUUUCGUUUGCUUAAAGCAUUAUUUCAGCACCGAAUUGUUAGUGUUUGACAAAUGGUCGGAAACGGACAUAGUGAUUGAUACGGACAAGAAUCAGGAACCGAAAGUCGAUCAAAAAACAAAAAAAAUCACCGCAAUCUCAUCGAAUAGGCGUAUUAGUUCUGAAAUUACACCCAGAAAGAAAUAUUAACAUUUCAGUGUGCUCUUCGGGAUCUACGCAAAUUCAUGAGCAGACUAGCUUUCAGUCACCCGGUUAUCCAGACUUUCUCUGCCCAGACAUUAUCAAUUCGGUACAAAUAUCGUUCGGACCGAAAGAGAUUGCAGAGAAGGAUCUCGCUAGAACCUAUGUUUCCCUGAAUGCCAGUUCUUUGGCUGGCGUCAAAUUGCGAUUCAAAUCCAGUUCUCACGAUUUUGUGUACAGUUUUGUACUUUAUCUAUUUCAAAAGCAAUUUUCUUUGUAGAUUUGAUGCGAACUCUUUCUCAAAAAUCUCAACUCAUUUCCUCUUGAAAAAUGAGGACUUACAAAUCGAAUACUCAACACCAAAGCUUCUUUACAAAGGAAACGACGGACAAUUUUCCUUAAACGUUUCUUCUAUGAUAAUUGACAAAGGUGCAUCUUAAUUGAAUUCAGAAUGCUUGAAAAUGAGUUCAGACUGCGAUUGUUCGACGUUUUUUGAUAAAAUGUACUCGCGAGACUGGAGCGGAUCGAUUCGAAUUCCGUCACAUUGUGAAACUCUUUUCUGCAGUUGGACUUUCAAUUCCGAUCCGGAUGCCCCACGCAAAUUGAUCAAUAUUGUGUUGGAGAACGGGAAUGCAGAUGAUGAAGUGCAUUUCUGGGACAGAACCACAACGCUCGUGUCAGUUUCUAGGAUUGUUUGAUAUUAAUUUGAAAGAAAAUUUCAGAUAUAAGGGCGAUGAGCUGAAGUAUCCAAGAACGUUUUAUUCGGCCGAUAGCUCCCACAAUGCCCAUAUUCUAUUCUGGAGAUUCACGAAUGGAUCAGAUUCCCUGAUCACUGUGAGUUGGCAUGAAGUAAAAGGUUUGUCGUGCUCCUGAGCAUAGCUUCGACUGAACAUUCAGACGUGCAAUGUGAAAUACAACAGCAUGUUCUUCUGAGUACAUCUCCAUUGUCAUUCGCGUCUCCAAACUAUCCUCUUCCGUAUGAUAACCACAAUGUCUGUGAAUACCAGCUGAAAGCUCUUGAAAAGUUAGUUAUUGAGAUAGUAUUCACAUUGUUUCCUCUGUUUCAGCCACACAAUAACUGUCCAUUUGGACGAUAUUUCAGUGGAAAAAAUUCAUGAUCAUCUGAGCUUCUACGACGGCCGAUCAGAAGACUACCCAUUACUCGGACAGUAAGAAAAAUUCAUUUUUCACAAGGCAUAGUCUUUUCUUUAAAGUUUUACCGGAAAACUUGCGAACAUCACUCUCUCUUCCUCUGGUGACACCCUCCUUGUCAAAUUCAAAAGCGAUGCUCAAAACACUUACCGAGGAUAUCAUUUUGUAGCAUUUUCUGGUCAGUCAAUUUUCGAUAAUUCUUGUCUUAACGUCGUGACAUUUCAGUUCCGGAAGAUAUUCCGACAAUUAUUCAAACAUCUUGUCGGUACAGAUCAUCGAUUUUCAGCUCCCCCAUUUUAAUAGUCCUUCUGGCUGUAGUCUUUGUUUCCGCAACGGUUUUAACCAUUUAUUGCAUACAGAAAUAUGUACUUCUGUCGCCGACGAACAUAUUCUCCAAUGCUCUCGUUCGAUUUCGUUCAGCUGAUAGCGAGUGAGUUUCUUCUUUAUUUCCUGGAUGACUUGCUGAUCUUUUUUUUCAGUUCAAUUGUGA